CGCAAGCCAGCGUUAACUAAACCAAACCAAGCCAAACCAGCUUCUGUUGUACACUUCGCAACAUACAAACCUCAUAGUACUGAUCAGUUCGAUACCUACCUACCUACCUAAUCAAGUUCAUUCAUCGCGACCUGAAUCUCGCAUCAUGGCAGACCAACAACUUCAAGCAGAAUUCUUCCUCUCAUGGGGGAUGGUCGUUCUCGCGCUUCAGGCCAUCAAGGUUGCAGGAUACGACAAAUGGGAUGACUUGCCAUUCUGCGCGAAAUACUGUUUCAACAUCGGCAUCGACAACACAAUCACCCCAUGCGGCUUCGACCUGUCCUGCGCCUGCUUCAACAAAGACAGCAACCUCGCCAACCUGGUCACCGCAUGUCUGGAACAAUCACCACCAUGCGAUUCGAACGCGACAAAAGCUGCGGUCUGGGACUACGGCAACAGAGUCUUUUGCAAUGAGUCCGAUCCCGGUAGUGCGUCGUUUGAGAUUGUUGAGGGCACGUACGCUUUGACAUUGGCGCUGUACACUAUGUACAACUCGCAGAGUGGACAGCAUGGUCCGACUUCGAUCCAGAUGACUUCGACUGUGACCACACCUGUUACGGAGUCUGCCACGUCAACUAGCACUACUGCGAGUGGUAGUGAUGACAAUGGCGAUGGAUCGGGAUCAGCGGCGCAAAGCUCAACUGCUACUGCCACCGCAAACGGCUCUUCUUCGGCAACCUUCACUUCUGCUCCGGAAAGCGGCGCCUCAGGUUCUCCAGCUGUCAACCCUACCGAUGUCAACCCCUUGAUCACAAGCUAUUCAACACAGGUGGUGACUGCGGACAGUACUACCGGCAUGACUCGGACCGUGAGCGCUUCUGCACCAGCCACGACAGUGACUGUCAUUGCACCACAAUCGUCCAGCGUUGCGCCAUCGGUCUCUGGUGAAGGAAUCCGUUUCCAACGAUUGAUGAAUGCACUGGUGCUGGGAGUUCUUAUGGUCGUAGUGUUGGCGCUGGCGUUGUGGUAUUGA